ACGGUGACUUACGGUUAUAACCCCGAACGGCAUCAUAAAUUCUUGGCCAGCUUAGAUAUUUGCGGCAAAAAAUACGACGGAUCGAAAGGCUCCCCUACUGUUGAAUCACUUGUAUGCGCCGGUAUCAAAGAUGGCGGUGUUUUCAAUAAGAGAGGCGAGUACAUGAAGGAAGCAGUUAUUCAAGGACUUAUAGAUACUAUUUCCGACCCGAGCCGGUUGGAAAAGGGCAUAGAGAUAUAUAAAAAGUGUCAUGACGAAGGUGUUCAAAGCGGGGCCAAAGGAAUAGAGCAGACUUUGGUAAUUUCCAAAUGCGGUUUGUCAAUUAUGCCUCUCCUCGACAAACCGUAACAAGGACGGCUUGCAUAUUUUCCCAUGUGCGCAUUACGAAACGAACGCUUAUUACUUUUCUUUCCGAGACUCUGUAUAACUUCAUUUGUAUUACUUGGUAAAUUCAAUUUUCCUUCGUCGGCUUGUGUGUUUGUACUGACAAUUUAAAAAAUAAAAAUAAAUGUAAUUUGAA